AUGAAAACUUGCUGCACCGAGGAUGAGCACGUUCAAUUCCAUCACAACUGCCAUGGCAUUCCAGAUUGGAACCGGAGUAGCCUACCAGACCCUAGUGACAAAGACAAGACCGUUGUCCACCAAUUCAGCGAGAUAAGACCUCCUCUCUUGACCGAAUUGAUACACUAUUUUGACAAGUUAGAAGGCGACGUUCACAUUGUGGCACACAACGACAAGCGUGAGGCCGCGAAGAAGAUCAAGGCAAAGUUCCUGACUGGUCAGGUUGUGGCUCGAGUAGAACGCACAGCGGUGAUCAACAAAUUCGAUGACGAGGAAAGGAGUGAGACCUGGAGAAGAGAGGCGUUCUAUGGUCUCAGAUUACUGCAAACGGGUGAACAAAACAUGCUUGAGGGCUGGCUUUCAUCGGUUACCCAAGAGGCUGUGGCGGCUUCGGUCACGCACAACUACCUUGAAAUCUACCAAGACAAGGGAAUUCCGCUUGCCAAAGUAUCGGAGAAUGGUCCCACUAUCACCAAUCCCGAGCAGCGCGCCGGACAGUCGUCAAACAGUGUGAUGAAUGCAUUAAGCGGGCUUUCGGGUUUCCAAAAGGUGCGAUAUCGAGAUCAAGACGUUCACAUCUACAUCAAGUCCGUCAAAGAGAUGGUUGCUUACUCUCUUGCCAAUGACCCAAUCGACGACUUCUUCCACAAGGGUUACUUUGCAAGUUCCAGAGAUGCGCUUCUCAAGAGUGUUAGAGACCGCACACAAGACUUGGCGGACGAUAUGCGUAUUUGGGGAGCCUACCGGGAGGUCGAGGAUAAGGCAAAGAGAGAUUUUGCGGCUAUGAUCGGCAAUAGUGGAGGCGAUGCAACUUCUGGAGAUGGUGCUGCUGGCGAGGUACAUAAGUUGCGGAGGCUGUAG